GGAUCUGCGUGCUGUGCCGGCGCUCCAGGCCGGAGCUGUGGUAGAGACCUCGAGGGAUACUGAGCUGCGACUUUUUCUUGAAUUCUCAUUGCCUUUUAGGGCAAAAGUGAAACAUGACUGAUACUGAUGAACCCCAGGCAUCUGGCUCUGAUUACUCUGAUGUGCAAGAGCUGAUGAGCCAUCAGCCGCAGGAGCCAUCUGAGGUGUACUCAUGGCAAAGGAAUACAGGAACAGAGCGGUCAAGGCAGAAGGUUGCUGCACCUGGGGAGUCUUCAGAUCAUCCUAACAGCAUGUGUAGAACAUCAGCAGCUUCAGCUGAGGUUUUACUGAUCAGCAGUGAUUCAGAAAUUGAUGUCUCUGCUGCUGGUCCUGAGUGCUCCAUUGCACCUUCAAAGCAGAAAAGGAGAUCUCAAUCUUCAAGGCAACAAGCUGACUCUGUUACAGAAGUAGCUGACAAUGAAAGCUCCUCAGAUUCUUCAUUGUCUCCCCAAAGUCCAGGGAAAUCAUUAGAAGCUUCCAGGCAGCAGAAGUCAAAACUCAAUUUGAAGGCCAUUUUUGCCUAUCACUUCAGGGGAAGGAAGUUCAAAGCAGCCGCACACCGAAAAUACAAAAUUUACACACCGAAGAACAAGAAGAAGAAAAAGUAUGAGAGCACACAGAUGCCCACAGGGAGGCCCCCACUGACAGCCUCACCUCAGGAACAAAAGAGGAGGCUUCUAGACAGAGGUUUUCAAUUUCCUUUUGUUGAAAAACAUUAUGGGGAGAAACAUAUUCCCUUAAAGAUGGUUCUUGGCUAUGAGCAGGCAGCUGCAAAGGGCUUUUUCAAGUAUAUUGAAGUGCUUAAAUAUGAAGAACAUCUUAAAAAAGCUUUAAAAGCCGUUCAGGCCAGUGAUGACUUGGAAAAAGAGUGUAUGGUGUUACGGAAACACAAAUACUUAGAUGAUGAAGGCCCCAUUUCCCCUAUUCAGGAGACAGAUGAUGAUGAGGACAGCUUGAAUUCUGAUACUGAGGAGCAACUUGAUGCCAGAGUAGUGGAGAACAGCUCUUUCAUUCUAAGCAGUACAAUUCCCAGUAAAAAAAAAGUCAAAGCCAGGAAGAAAACAAAAUCAUCUGAAGUGAUUGAAAUAGUGGAUGAUGAAGAUGGUGCUGAAGAGAACUCAGUGCCUCUGCAAGGCUCCCCUCGGUGAACAGCAGAUCGACCAAUGAGGUGGCAGUGGUUGUUCUUCACAUAGCUCUUCCAUGGGCCUCUUUGGUUUAAAACAUUGGUCUGGAGUCAGUGUUGAGCUCUCCACCCAGCUGCCUAGGCUCAUUUGCCUUGCUUUUAUGUUGCUUUUGGAAGAUGGAAUACCUCUUGGCUUUCUUGCUGCAUAAGGUAAGGUGUUACUUGAGUUUCAGUUUUGCUUCCUUCAGGUAACCCUUUUUGCAUUAUUGCACAAAAGGUUUUGAAAAAGCAGUGCUCCAUAGUUAAAAUAAAUAUGUUAUAGUGCUCCACAGCUGAGCAGCUUGUGAGUGUGAAGCUUCCCAAGUACAAGUUCAGUGCUACAUAACCUUUCAUCAGUCGGACCAAAAUUAGAGUCUGUAGCCUCUCUUUGAACAAAUACUUCUUGAAUACUUCAAAGUGCGAAUAAACAGAAGUUUGACCUGCUGUCAAAUGCUGCAACUUUAUCUGAUUUGGUUGGACAACACUGUCUGGAAUUUCUCUGCUGAAGAUGUUAAGAACUACCUUCCCUUCAGUGUCUUCAUGGUGGCUCACCCACACUUUCUGUACCAGGGUGUAUCAACAGCUGCAGCUUCUGGUGGCUUCCCUGUGGUAAAAUUCCAUCUUAAUUCAUAUUGCUUGCAAGAACAGGAGGAGCAGCUGGUAGUCUUGCAUGUACAUGGCUGUGAAAGCUUCUUACUGCCUGGAUGUUGCCAAGCUUGGGACAGUGUAGGAAAUAGCAUGGAAGAAAGCACCGUGUAAGGAUACAGCAUAGGAAAAUCCCUUUUAUGUGGGAAACACUGAGCUGAGGGUGGGCAAGUAGUGAAACCUUACAAGAAGAUUCUUGAGUGAGAGGAUAGGAACAGAUAUCUUCCUUGGUGUUGCUGUAGGUAGAGAGCUGCAAUAGGAAGCACAUCAGGUUGGCACAGCGUAGCUUGUUCUGAGCUCCUUACCACAAUUACCUUGGUUCAAGCUACGUGUCUCAAGGACUGGAAAGGGUGGUAACUAUCAGCUUCUACUGCUAACAGCAAGUAUAGUCAGUUGGGAAGUAGGUUCAAAUGCUGUUUCAAAAAUAGUAAAAAAAAACAAAUGUGUUCAGUCUGUUCCAGCACUUGAUCAGGUUUUGUCUUUUGCUGUAGGCAAAAACCUGGAACCUAGUGCUUAGAAAAACCCCUUCUUUUGCAACCCACAGCUGAUUAAUGUAUUAGUUGUGUUACUUAUAUGAAGGGACAAUAUUUGCAUGGGCUCAAAUAGCAUUCAUCCAUUCAAAUACUGAUCAAUCUAGAAUUUUCUGAAUUUUCAGAAGUGUAGUUUGGUUUUAUCUUUCUUUGCAGAUGAGCACAGUCACACUACAGCAGUUUUAACUACUUGGGGAUCUCUUGAAUUCUUAUGAUUGUUGCUGACCUGAUUCAUAAAUCCUGUAGCCUCUGUGCGACAUGGUAGCAAAAGAGGACAUUCCUGUGAUGUGUGGAACAGAUUGGAAAGCCUCUACUCAGGUGAGGUGGACCUGAAGUCCCGUCUGAGCUAGCAUCUUGGUACUUAGAGAAAGUGAAGGAAGAAGUGCAGGCUGCCAUUUCACAGAAGUCUGAAGCUGCUUCAAGGGUGCUUGAGGAUACAGAACAGAGUGAACUGCCCUGAAUUAAAAAGAUGGAAGGAUCUUAUUUGGCAGGUCUGCCACCAAGUUGCUGCAUGUCAGAGGGAUGAAAAACACCAUGUGGGAGCUACCAAAGUGAGUGUGAAGAUCCUGGAGAUGUUGCUUCAAGCCUGCUGUAAAGAACUGCACAGCUGUUACAAAGACUCUUCUCUAGAGUUUUUAUUGCAGUUUUUGGAAUUAAACAUUUAUUUCAAUUUGUUA